GUAGCUGAGGGUCGUCUGAAGAUCAUCCCAGAGUUUCACAAGCGAACUUGGAAUGCCUGGCUCUCGGAUUGCCAUGAUUGGUGUAUUUCGCGCCAGCUAUGGUGGGGGCAUCGCAUUCCUGCAUUUUUGCCGGCAGAGAAUAGUUCCUGGGUAGUAGCGCGAAACGAGGAGGAGGCACUGGAGCGCGCGAUCGUACAGUUUUCUGUACCUGCCUCUCAACUCAAACUCACAAGGGACAAUGAUGUUCUGGACACAUGGUUCUCCUCGCAGCUAUUCCCAUUUUCCACCUUGGGCUGGCCCGAUCCCACAUGUUUUCCUGACGUCUUUCCACCCGGAGACCUCGAGAGUUACUAUCCUGGCAGUCUUUUAGAGACUGGGCAUGAUAUCAUCUUUUUCUGGGUUGCUAGGAUGGUUAUGAUCGGCCUACAAUUGAUGGGUCGUCUUCCGUUUCACACGGUUUAUCUGCAUGCUAUGGUGCGUGAUUCACAUGGCAAGAAAAUGAGCAAGUCUCUUGGAAACGCUUUGGAUCCAAUGGAUGUGAUAAAUGGGAUCUCGCUAGCUGGUGAGGUAUAU